AUGGCAUCCCUCUGUGCGCUCUCAGAGCUGGCCGGCCACUGGGAAGAGCCGCCGCAAGCCGCCGGCUUCCUAAGCUCGAGCCAAAGGGGCACAGUCGACUUGCCGUGCACACCUGGGCCUGCCUAUUACGGAAGGAGGGAGCCCGCUUACCGCGUGGCUCUCGGUGAUGCCAGCUUCAGGUCGGGUCUGAGUCGCUUGGAGGGAUUGAAAACCACAGCCGAAGGACCGGGCCCAGGAAGUUACGACACACCGCGACCGCAACGGCGCUCAUUGCCGUUGAGGUCGGCUGCUCGAACGAGGUCUCUUCGAGAACGUACGCAUCGCCAAGAGGAGACAGCCCUGGCCGCAGCCGACCUUUGUGCUUGCGGACGCAAGGCUGGGCAGGGCCAUGGCGCCAUCACAGCCAGCCUCGCCGUACCGAAAAGCCCUGGCAAGCACGUGGUGCCACCAAAACGAAUGAAGAGCCUCCUUGGCAAUGAAACCGUGGCCUUCCGAGACAAGGCGGAUGAAGUCUUUAUGUGGAUCGGCAGCAACUCACAAGAAGUACCUUCACCAAGGCGUCGUUUUCCGGGCAAAGUAUCCGGACGCACUUCUGCUUUCGCUUCAGGCACAGAGCGCCAGACCUCGCCAAGGGAACGACAGGGUACGCCAAGUCCCGGUGACUAUGCAACAGUGGGUUUUGCGGAGAAGCUCGCCUCACGCCUCUGCGGACCAGGGUCGAAAGUUCCCUUCGACAGCUCGCAGGACUCUGGGCGAGGCCUGCGAGGCUCUCAGCACAUCGCUCGGAAGAGUGCAUCACCCGGCCCGGGGAGCUAUGAGUCAAACCUGCAGAACUCCACGUCAAUUCGAUCUCCAUCGCCUGAGUUCUACCGUGCGAAGCGCUUUGGAGAUCGGGUGUCAUGUAGCACACCCGGGCCUGGCGAUUACGAGGAGGCAGCACAUUCUGCUUGGCUGGAUGAGGUGGCGACGCAGGCGCCUCUCUCAGUCGGCUCCACACCUCCUCCCUUCGGAAGUCGCCAAGAGCGUUUCUGUGCUAUCUCUACAACGCCCGAUGCACCCAGAGAGGUGGAGGUAAUCCCUCCCGACCCACUUCGGCGGCUCGAUGUUAUGACCAGGAGAGCACUUCGCCGGGCAUAUGAGGGAGUGGUGCGACGAGGUUCUCCCUCUCCUUGUGACUACGAUCCUGUGAUGCCAUGGGAGUUGCCCAUGUGGCGCAUGCAACCAUACGACGAGGUCUUUGGCAGUACCGAGUCAAGGUGGCAAAGGAAGUCUGCUCCGAGCAGUCCAAGCCCAGGGCCGGGGUUCUACUCGCCUGCACCCUCCAGCCCGACGCCCAAAGUCCAUGACUUUGGCUUGCCAGUCGCCAGGUUUCUUGAUUCUCCUUGCGAAAUGAUUAGGGAAGAGGCUUCUGAUGAUGCCCCGGAUUUCCUCGUGGAAGGAGCCAGCCCGCGACGAAGGCUGCGGGAUGUUUUGAGACAUCUCUAA